GUUACGAGCGUCGCCCGGUAUACUCCGCGACUGCGACUCAGCUGUUCCGAAGCCGAUCGAUAUAUUGAUUUUUCCAAGAGCGUUGUCAAUUGUCAUGCUCUUGGUAACGUUUGUCAACAACGAGUCUUAUCUCGGUCUCGAGCCUUGUCGGACGCACUAAUAAAAGCUGCUUGGUUUUUUUGAGUUUAAAAGUGUCUUUCAUUUCCGCGGCGCGCUCGUUACAUUUUUGGGGGCUCGUCCGGGAUCCGUUUGUCGGAUCCUGUGAAGCGCGCGCGAGUUUAAGAGACAGAAAGUGCGCGGAGUGAAAGAACGAGAGAACAAGAAAUUCGAAGAUGUCCAUCCAACGUUCCCCUGUGGUGACCCGAUCCCACGCUUCUGCCGCUGCGGAGGGAGACAGAGCGGACGCACGAGAUUUGGAGCGAGAGACGGGAAAGAGGCGCGUCGUGACUCCCAGGCCUCCUUCAGGAGCAGCGGCGCCGGAAUUCCUGCUUCUUUUAGAGGAACUCCGGGGGAUGCGAGAGGAGCAGGCGCAGCAGCAGCGGGAGUUUGUGGAGGCACUUCGACGGCUGCAAUUUUCCCGAGCGACGGAGAACCAGCUAAGUCUCUCUGAUAAUAUUCGUUCGGCCGGGAACGUGGGGGACGCGUUACGUGAGAGCGGUGCGAGCAUGGAGGCGUGGGGGGACAUGCGGGCGCCUGUCGGCAUAAAAUUAAAACCGGACACUUUCGAUGGAACGUCCCCAUUACGCGAAUUUUUGACACAAUUUUCGCUCAUCGCGAACGCGAAUCGUUGGAGUGAGUCGGAGAAGGCGGUGGUUUUAGCUUCCUGCUUACGGGGGAAAGCGCGUUCGUUGCUGGAUUCCUGUUCCGCGAGUGAGGGCUCUCUUUCUUUCAUUAAGCUUAAAUCGCAAUUGGUGUAAAUAAUAUGAAUUUUUUUUUAAUUUUUCAGUAUGUGUACAUUGGUGACGUCCCACAUGGACCGACCACGGCCGUUCACGGCCGAACAUUUGUAAGAGUGCCGCAGAGCCACACAUCGAUUAUUUGGCUAAAUAAUGUAGUGUCCAUACGUGGGCCCGUUGGUGAGCAGCCAUAUUUUGGAUUUGAUGAAAUCCGUAUAUCGGGGUUCAUCAAUAUCGCCGCAGCUCGGUGGAGGCGGUAUUUCCGCCAAGGGGACCAGUGGAGAAACAACCAAAAUAGGGAACACGCAUACGGACAUUAUAAUUUUGACGCUGACGUGUGGGACCUCAGGAGGUUGUUUAACAUGGAACCACCGUCCGAAGAUGGAGAAAUCUGAGUGACCUGCUAUUUUAAUUACUGUUUUAUUAUAUGUUCCUCUUAUAUGAUUUUUUUUAUAUGUUCCUCUACUUUUAUACUUUUAUAUACUUUUU